AAGACAAGCUGCGUAUACGUACCGCGACAAACCGAAAGUAAGGUGUGGUUAGUUUAAAUUUGUCCAGCAUGGGUUUCAGGAUUAUAUCCACGGUCAUUUCUGUUUUGCUUUUCAUCCAGUACAGGGUAGCCACUGCUGACGAUUUUUUAUCUGGUGAUGCUGUAGACCAAAAUUCUUCACACUUCUUUACUAUAGAAGAAGAACUGGUAGACACCUUGCCAAUAGAGAACGUCAAUUUACGUGCCGAGAGGGAUGCAGCGGUUGUCGGUACGGUCAUUACUGUUGAAAACGCAAAACUGGACAUUAUUAACACCAUCUUUGAUAGUUUGCCCGAGGGCAUUAUUCGCACGCAAAUUGUGACCAUACGUAAUUUCCUGGACACAAAAGCCUUGGUGGAUCCAAUUGUAUAUGUAAGAUCAUCAAAAACGAAAGCAAUUCCACCGAAGAGAAUCGGUCCAGGGGAAGCCACUAUCCUUGAGUUUGAUCAAGCCCAAAAAGGUGCAGAGCCUGAAGGAUCAAUGGUAUACAAUAUCGAGGGAACGGACCUCUAUGUAACCAUAUUUUUCCACGUGGUACCCCCAAACACCUACAACGCCAGAAUAUUCCGAUUUAAAGCCAAGUACUCGGACAUAUAUAAAGCCCUACACAACAGAAUGAAGACCGUAUCUCACUUAUACCCCUUGGCAGCAGACGACACCACACAAUUCGUCAUUCGUCAAGAAUGUGGUUACAAAGUGUCUGUCGCCAUGACUGACCACGAGAGGGCUACGAUGCAAGUUGACGUCUAUGAAUGCCCGGAUCCUAUUGACCAGACUGUCCUAGUCGUGGCCAAUGAAACCGCUACCAAAGCUAUAGUCGACCCCCUGACAUGUAAGCCUACUGAUCUAAUAAAAUGUGGGUGUUGCACGAACGUCCGCUUAUCGGGAUCUCGCUCAAGCGCUAACUCCCUUUUCUUUUUUCCAGUAAUAUCUACAAAUAUGUUCUUUUCAAUCUUUUUUGCGAUGUUCUACGGUAUUCCACGAGAUUUUGACCUUUAAUCGGAUUGAUCCAGGUUUAUUUUCGAACUUACAAGUAAAAUGCAGACUGGUUACAUCUAAUUAUCUCUUUGAAUGUUGUUUUUAAAUUGUAGUGUGUUUUCCAUGUAGAUCUACAGUUGAUUGAUUUGUUUCUCCAGAACAAUGACAUGGAACACGUUUAUGCUUUUUAGACUUCAUAAACUGCAAACAGUCAGUAGACAUUUUGACGGUGUGUUAUAAACACUACAUAAUAUUGGAACGACUGGAUGUACAAUUUAAAUUCAAAUAUGGCAUCUUAAAGAAACUGAUUUAAAGAUUA